AGCCACUGCACAAAACUGUUUUCUUUUAUUUUUAAGUACAAACCUCAAACAUUUAAAAUCGGUCCAGACGUUCUUGAGCUAUGGUGAAAUCGACCUGAUAUUAUAAAAAGCAGUAUUUGCUUGUUAUUUUGGUCGUAGUUCACUUGAUUAUUAUUGAAAUUUGGCGACACAAACUGUCAUUUUCAUAUUUAUUAUCAACGUAAUGUCAAAUUUAGUUUGCGAUUUCGACUUCGACGGCCCGUCGCCCGGGCCAUAAAAAAAGUAUCAAAUUUAUAUUUUAACUUUAAAUUAAAUAAUUAAUAUUUCAUUAACAGAUAUUAUUAAUAUUCUUAUUAAAUAAUGAAUAUUGAAGUACUCCCAUUGUACAAUUUAAUGACUGCAAUGUGCGUCGUAUAAAAAUACUAUAUUAAAAAAACAUCAAAUUUAAACAGGCAAGAAGUCGAUAUCUGACAAAACUAAAGCAAUUAAAGUAGGUACCGGACGUAUAAAACUGCAAUAUAUUGUAUUGUUAUAAUGGGAAGGACGCGUCGCCGAAGAAAACUCAGAAGAACAAAUUGUUUUGAGACUUGCAAUUAUAGUUCUGAUUUGAUUAUGUUAAACUCUUGGCUAUCCAAAAGUGGAAUUCAAAGAAACAAAAAGUUAGUCCUUACAAUUUUUUCUGAUUGCAACCGUGGUGUACUAACAAAAAAAAGGAUCAAAGCAGGAGAUGAACUUCUUAGCCUACCAUUAAAUUUAACUAUUAAUGUAACUACUCUGCUUAUGGAUGAAGAAUUUUGUGCAAUAUUUUUAGACAGCAAUAUCCUAUCGCAGCUGAGAUACAAACAAGCUAUUUCAUUCCAAUGUUUAUUGGCAUUCUAUUUGCUGUUUCUAAAAGUACAAGGAAAUAGUUCAAAAUGGUACUUAUACAUGCAGAGUUUACCAAAAGUUUAUACAGUGCCAUAUUUCUUAACAAAUGAAGUAAAGAAGUUUCUAGACCCUAAUAUAUUGUGUGUGAUAGAAAAACAACAACAUAUUAUUAAUUCUGCUUUUAAUCUUCUUAAUGAUUUAUUGAAUAUAGCAAUUAUAAAAAAUGAAUAUAAAACUGUGCAUCUGUUUAAAAGCACCUUUAAUAAAUCUGAUUUUGAAUGGGCAUACUUUACUGUUAAUACAAGAUGUGUCUUCAUGGAUUUGACUAACCUUUUGAACUUGACCCAUAUGCAACAUACAAUAUUAAGUAUAAUUAAUGACAAUACAAAGAUAUCUUUAUGUCCAUUUUUAGACAUGAUUAAUCAUAGUGCUUACGCUAAAAAUGAAACUAAACUUAUUGUCAACAAGGAGUUAAACAAUUUACCUGUAGUACAUUUAAAAGAGAAUCUGUUCUCAAAGGUUAACUUCUCAAUUUAUACUAAAACUACUUUUGAGGCAUACUCUCAGGUUUUUAUUUGUUAUGGAGAUAGCCACAACUUAAAACUGAUUACUGAAUAUGGUUUUUACAUUGCAUCCAACAACUUGGAUUAUAUUUCUAUUGCAUAUGAACAAAUAGUUACAUUUCUUAAUUCUAUUAACAAGAAAGUUUCUCAAGAGCAAUACAAGUUUAUUUUGAGGCAUGGACUUGACAAGGACCUAUAUAUUGACAUUAAAGGAAUGAGCUUUAAUUUGUAUGGAUUGCUGGUUGUUAUUAAAUAUUUUUACAGGAAGGAUGUUGAUGUAAGCCAGUUACUGUACUCUGCAGCUAUCUGCUCCUAUGAUAGGGAAUUAUUUGAUCUGAUUAAACCUAUUCUCUAUAAAAAACUAAUAGACACUGAAUAUAAUGUUAGUCAAUUACAAAAAUUUGAUAAAUGUGUAGCCCUGUGUAACUGUAUUGUACUUAUGUGUCAACAUAUUAAGAUUUUAAAGAAAUUUUGCAAAUAGUCUGUGUGUACUUUGUAAAAAUAAGAAGUAGUUUAAAACCAUUAUAUAAAUGUGAAUAAAAGAACAACAUAUUGUAAA